GUUAAUAUUAUUGAUAACGAGACUCGACCCCGCUCCUACCGAGUGACACCUCAGCCAAUGGUAACAUGCCACUCGAGGCCGAUAGUGCGGCUGAGACAGUAGAUACAGUCAGGCCCCUCGUGGGGGCCAGAAACGCAGAGAAGAGAACCCACGCCAGCCAGCAGCGCCCAUUAAUCAGAAGUCUGCGACCAGCCAGUCGGUCAAAGACACAUUGACUUAUCAUGAUGAUGAUGCACGUCAGUUCAAGCCCAUGGUGGAGCGCCAAGAGUCAAAUCGAGCCCUGGUGGUCAAACAUACGGAUUCGUGGGACAACGCAGCCGCCUCAGAGCUCGAGCCUGAUUCGGGCGGAGGGCCGCGUCGCACUCGCACCAGUGAUCACGAGGCAGCGGUGCCGCCGGCUUCGGUAGAGCCGGAUGAGGUGGACAAUGCGUAUUAUACGUGGUUUCAGGAGGUGCGGGAUGGGGAGUUCGACUGGGCAUUUGACGAGUCCAAUGAUGCUGGAGAGAAGGAGAGUGGGAGUAAGGAUGAUGUCAAAGACAAAACCAGGGACAAGACGGAACUGCGUGACGCCUUCGCGACGCAGUACAACAGCCUUUAUGACUCUUGUGGGAAGAACAACAACAACAUCAUCCAUGCCCUUGCCGAUUUCCGGAUCAAGGAGGCUGAAGUACCUAGAUUUGCGGCUUUCUUGCGGUUGGUCCUGGACUUGGACUUGGACUUGUAUAAUGAUGAAGAUGACGAUGAAAGGACGCCGUUGCAUUAUGCCAUUCAUCGGGAUAAUACGAGAUUGGUGCGGGUAAAUUCUGGAUAGUACCGUACCGAAAUAAGGGGGCCUUUCGGGGAGAUCCUGGGCACUGCCCUAAUCGGCUCUCACACAUGGCCUCUUCACAUUACCAAGCUGCAGUAUUCAAGUGACU